UCUCCUGUUGAGUUAAUGCCUCUUAUUGAUACAAACCGAGGUCUAUUAAUUUUGUCGACCAAGGAAGCAUUGAAGGCCUGAAGCAGUCACAAUCUCUUUCAUUUCACGUGUUGUCAUCGUACAGGAUACUAUGGCCGCUCACAAGACGUUGAUUAUUAAACGUAAGCUUGCUAAAAAGCUUAAGCAAAAUCGUCCGAUACCACAAUGGGUUAGAAUGAGAACAGGCAAUACUAUCAGGUAUAACGCCAAAAGACGUCACUGGAGAAGAACCAAGUUGAAGUUGUAAGGAG